AUGGACGUCGUUGACUGCGGCCUUCACGGCUACCACGAAACCAUUGGUAUAGACGCCGACGACCUUUAUUUUCACUGGUCCUUAACAAGCGACGCUCCGGGAAAAAGACAAACUGCAUAUCAGAUUGAUCUCCGAGCAUCAUCGACCGGCAUUUUCCAACCAGAAGCUCCCAUUGUCUGGGGCACCGGCAAGGUAAUCAGCACCAGUCAACGUAACAUUCACUGCAAGCCACAUGGAGGCUUGCGCUCUACCACCACCUAUUUCUGGACCGUCAAGGUGUGGGACGAACGUGGACACGAGCACGCGUCCAAGAUAAAUUCCUUCUUCACCGCUUACCCUCGAUCACCAUAUUUACCGCCAUGGAGCAUGAACCAAACGUACAUGCCUCAUUCCAGCUUGAUCUUUCGUGCUUGGUUUGAGGAUGAGGCCAACAGGUGGAAGAGCGUAUGGGUCGGAGAUGGCGCUGACAAACCGAUAUACAUCCGAAAGACCUUUACUCUUGACAAAGUCCCAACUCGACUUGUUGCUCUUGCAUCUGGUCUAGGUCAUUUCAAUCUCUCGUUCAAUGGCAGAUCUGCAUCCAAGCAUGUACUUGACCCAGGCUGGACCGACUGCCACAAGACUGUGCAGUAUGUUGGCUAUGAUUUGACCGACCAUCUCGUCCAAGGCAGCAAUGCAAUAGGCGCUCACAUCGGCAAUGGCUUCUAUGCCGGGGAUCAGGGAAAUCGUUUCUUUUGGCCAAUGUACGAGGACCGCACGUAUAUCAGACAAGGUAACGAGCUUUGCUUCUUCUGCGAACUCCACCUCUUUUACGAAGACGGCAGUCACGAAACGAUCACCACUGGACCAGACUGGAAAGUCCACAAAAGUGCAACACUUCUCGCAAAUAUCUAUGCGUCAGAAACUCAUGAUCGCAGACUGUAUCCGCAGGGUUGGGAUGCUCCUGAUUUCGACGACUCCGCGUGGGAUCAGGCGAAACCGGUGACAGGACCACGAGGCCAGCUGAGAUAUCAGCGACAACCUCCUGUCAUACUGCAUGAGACUUUUCCGCCGGUGUCGAGACGGACAUUGUCACCGGGCAUCGUGACUUUCGACCUAGGACAGAACGCCUCGACAAUGGUCAGAAUUGUCGUGAAUGGUAGGACAGGUAGCAAGGUCAUCGUUCGAUACUCCGAAACUGUUGACGAGGACGGCCUUGUGUUGAUGCCUGACCCUUUGUUCAAGGAGUUUGAGACCCAUGUCUACUCCGAAUUUAUCCUCGCAGGUACAGGACAAGAUGAGGUCUGGCAGCCAGAUUUCUCCUUCACUAGCGCAAGGUAUAUCCAGGUCGAGGGCGUUGCUUUGGAAGCUGGCCAGAAUCUACCAGUAAUCCGAUCUGUGGUGGGACAGCACAUCUCAUCGGCAGCACGACGACUGGGUACGAUGAAGACAGAUAAAGACGAUGUCAACCAACUCCUGAAUGCUUGUUAUUGGACUUACUCCAGCAACCUCUUCAGCUACCAUACCGACUGCCCACAAAUCGAAAAGUUUGGCUGGCUCGAGGUCACUCACCUGCUUGCAGCUGCUCAACAAUAUGUUUUCAAUAUUGAGGCUUUGCACAGCAAAAUCCUUGAAGAUAUCCUAGAUGCUCAGGAUGGGUCGGGCUUCAUACCAAAUAUGGCACCAGAUUUCCGCUUCAUGUGCGGUCCUAUGCGGAACUGCAUCACGUGGAGCUGUGCCAUCUGCUUCAUACCUCAGAUUUUGAAGGAUUGUUACGGCUCUACGCACAUGAUCAAAAAGGUUUACGCCGCGGCUGUCCGCUUCGUCGAAUAUAUGCAGACAUGGGAGCGUAGAGGUGGAUUGAUAGAGCACGGUUUAGGUGAUUGGGGAAGAGAUAUUGCUUUCGGCAACUUGCAAGCCAACAUUGAAACUGCAGUCUACUACAAGUGCCUGCAAUGUCUUGCAAUGAUGGCAGCCGAGCUUGAGCUGGAGCAUGAUGUUUUACGUUUCCAGGAGUGGGCUGCUCGAAUUUACAAAGUGUACAACAAGCAUCUGCUUGUCGCUGGAAAUGUCUCUGACCCGCUAGCCUAUUACACCUCUCUGGACGUUCCUGGAGUGCGAGACAAGACCGCCGUUGCACAGGCCAUCGCCCUACAGUUCAAGCUGGUGCCAGUUGAACAUAUCGCGGAUGUACAGAAGACGUUCCUGGAGGCUGUCUCAGAUGGUAAAAUUCGAGCAGGCGAGAUAGGCCUACGCUACCUUUUCAACACGCUCGACGAUUUGAGGAGACCCGAUCUUGUGCUGAAGAUGGCUCGGCAAGAAGAGCAUCCUUCCUACAUGCGAUUCCUGCGACGCGGAGAAACCACACUUUUAGAAUUCUGGCAGGACGACUGCAGAUCUAAAUGCCACGAUAUGCUUGGCACAAUCUACGAAUGGUUCUACGCAGCCGUGCUGGGAUUGAAGCCCACAAGCGAUGCAUACAAGACAUUCGCCGUGCGACCACCGUACGGAUCGGAGUUCGGCGAGGUCCACGGAUCAGUGGACUGUCCAUAUGGUCGCAUCGAGGUGCAUUACAUCCACAAGGCGCAUGGUUCUGUCGAGCUCAAUAUUGUGGUGCCGAUGAGUACUGUUGCGACUCUGGAAAUGCCCAGCGAAGGAGAUGGCGCAGACGGAAACAAGAUUGCUGGUAUUAUUGCACGACACCAUCAGCCACAUGUCUAG